AUGAAAAAACUUCUAAUUGUCCUGAUCGAUGACCCUGCUCUCGACAAGUCCAGCACCGGCUGCUACAUGCCUGGGGACACCAUCGCAGGCAAUGUCACCUUCCACACGUCGUCCAGCAUCAAGUACACAUGUAUCAAGAUCCGCUUCGCUGGAAUCGUGUCAACAAAGGUCUCCAAGACCACCGAGGAUGUCUAUGUCCUCAACCAGCAAGUCGUCCUCCUCGGCAACGCCAAUAACGCAUCAGAGUUCGCCCUCCAAAAGGGCAAGUACAGCUGGCCAUUCGAGUUCUCAGUACCAUGGCAGCACAUCCCUUCCUCCGGCAAGUAUCGACAUGGUGCGGUCAAGUACACGCUGACAGCAACCGUCAGCUCAAAAACAUUCCUCGGCGGCAUGCAGGAGACCGAAACCAACCAGACCGUGCAGCUCAAAGAUCUCAUCAACUGCAGCCAAGAGCCAUACUCUAAUCCAAUUUCCGUUGUGGGCUCAAGCAACACCAAACCACAGACCAACAAGCCUAAAAACCUGGCCUCUGCCACGGUGCAGCUCUCUCAAUCGGCCUACAUGAAGGGCCAGCGGCUUCCUAUCACGAUCGAUCUCGCGCAUACAAAGGGUAUUCAGCGGGAUCCCGGGUGCUGGAUUCAACUCUUGCGAAAGGAACGCUACCACGCGGGCGAGCACGACAAAGAGUACACCCAUAUUUGCGGCACGGCUACAGAAGCGCUCUAUGUGGAUUCAGGAACAAACAGAGGAAAGAUUCUGACCCAUCUAAAUAUUUCCGAUGAUGCCCUACCGACCAUGACUACCACGAGAAUCAUCUCGAUGGAAUACCGCCUUCUCAUCUUAUUCGAUAUGCGUCUGCGGACGGGGUUCAUGGAAGGGAGAGCACGUCGCACUGUCAACAGGAAGCUGCGAACAAAGCUCCUGGCCGCACCUGGUGGAUUUGAAAUCGAGGUCCCAGUCAUUAUCGGCACCGCCUCUGAGAACCAAUACAAACCAAGGCUGAAUCCCUUCGAUAAAACCAGCAGCAGUGGCAAAGACAUUAACACCCUUGUCACGUCCGUUGUCGCAGCUACUUCUCAGCUUUCGCUCCCUUCUCCCCCCCACAGUGUGGCAUCUCCAGGGCUGAUCACGGCGUUCGAUUUGGCCGCAUCCCCACCGCUAUCGCCAGUUCCAGGCACAAUUUCACUUGGCCACAAAAAUCAGACGCCUUCAUACACUCCGCAGACGCAAUAUAGGCCUAUUGGGGCAUCAGAAGGCUCUCCUGGGUAUAACAAGCUGCCGUUAUCCUACCGAAGACAAGCUAGCGAACCUAACAAUUGCGCCACACAAUCCACAGUAUCCACUUCCCCUGACAGGAGUAGAUCUUUAUUCACGCAUAGUGCUGUCUCUACAGCCCACAAUCCCUGCGUGAAACCGCUUCUAUCUCUUCCUUCGCCUCCUUCGCCUCCUUUGCCUCCUUUGCCUCCUUUGCCUCCUCCGCUUCCGUCUACACCAACUCAUGCUCAUAUAUCCUCGGCGCUUUCAACAGCACCCUAUGCCUUACAAGAACCUUCAGAUAUCUCUCAGUCGCACUACUUUGAGCCAUCAUCCUCUGCUUCGUCUUCGUCUCCACUGUGUCCCUCAGGGCUGCAUCAUCAUUCCGCGGCUAUGGUGAGCUCAUUUAAUGGCUCGUCAUCAUCUAUGACAGGGUUGAGUGCGCACAUUAGUUCCAGCGAUUACCUCUUAGAGAAAGUAUCUCCUUCGCUCCAGAGACAUCUCCAUAUUCAGCCCCCAAUGAGCAUUCAAGUGCCCUCACCAUCUGCACCUCAUGCAGUAGAUCUUGGGAUGGGUCCUGCAUCCCCAGAGAUGUUCAGCCGACGUGUUUCACAUAACUUCAGUCUAUGGGGUGCGCCGUCCUUGUUAAUGUCCAAUGGCGACAGUAGCGAGGCUCACGCUCACUACGGCUCAUCACAACAGCCAUCAAGAUCAGGAGAUGGAUUCCAAGGCCCCCAGGGCUCUUUGUCAACUGGGCAGACGGGUAUGCAGCCGUAUCCGCCAGCUAGUGUCUCCAUGCCAUUACACUCUGCAGAAACACCACGUCCACCUCCUCGUAACCCUCAAGAGAUCCUGGAUAAUUGGCAUCCUUCUAUGUGA